GUUUUCUCUUGUCCUAUCUCUCUUCCUCGUUUGUAAAUAUACCUUCAAAUGACGAUGCAGUGGUUUUCGUCGGUAUGGUUAUUUGGUUUAUUUUUAUGUAAUGCUGGAAUAACACUGUUAGUAAGUAUCAGAAGCACGCUAAGACUAUAUAUAUCUAUACAUGUAUAUGUCUGUGGUUUGGGAUGCAUUCUUCCACAGGAUCAGCAAUGCAAAGAACAACGGCAGCCUUUGCUUGGCCAUUCCUCUUCAGACAGUGUGGCAAUCCGAUUGAGUAAUUCGGGUCGUUCCAAAGCAAUGCGGUCCAACGGCAACGGUCACCUUGGCUCUCUUAAAGAAGGGUGUAUACAGGCUUUAUGUCUGGUCCUUUGGGCUUGUGCUAUCAGUGUCCAAUCCGUCGGUGGAUUCCUUGUGGAGAAAAUAUACUAUUAAUGGAAAAGCAAUAUGUAGUCAUGUCAUUGUUCCUAUCGCGGAUAUAAUGGAAAGAGAGUCCGAUCUAGUGGACUGAACUUUGAUGAAGCCCGGAUUUCAGAGUUCUAGGCUGCUGAUGCCAUUAUCAUCAUCAGAGUAGCAAUACCUGUGUGCAAACCUGCUUGACUCUCAGCCUAGUGCACUCGCUAGCGCACAUGACAAGCCUUGCCCAUUCUUAGAUUGUUCGUGUCAUUGGAC